AUGAAUAUAAAAUAUUUUUACGUGUUUUAUUUAAUUAAGGUUGUUUUAUCAAUAAAGCUGAACAGAAAUAGAAAUAACGUAUUAUUUUUAAAUUUCACUUUUAAUAUAUUAGAUAUAGGAGAAAAAAAAGGAAAAAGGCAAGUUAAUUUACAUAACAAAAAAAAUGCAGUGAUAAAAAAUGGUAAUCGAAUAUACUUAUCCAAUAAAAAAGAAAAUGAAGAAAAUAUUCAUUUAAAUGAAGAAAUUUUAAAAAAAAAAAGUAACACAAAAGAAGUUGAGCAAAGUAUAGUCCCUCUAAAUAUGGACUGGGUAAAGGUAAUGAAUUUGAUAUAUUCCAACAAUGAUAUUGAAGGAACAACCUUGGCAUUUAAUGCUGCGUUAUCAGCUGUUGAAAAAAAAGGUUGUUUAGUUACUAUUUUAGAAUUAUUUGAAAUAAUGAAGAGAAAAAAUAUAAAACCAGAUAUAGUAUCAUAUAAAUUAAUUUUGAGCUUAUGUGAUAAAUAUCACUUAGCUGAAAAUGCUGAAAUACUUUUUGAUGAAAUGAUAGAAAUAGAUAAGAUUAUUCCGAAUUAUGAAAUUUAUGCAAUAAUGAUAAGCUGUUUUUCAAAAAUGGGUUAUGGCCAUAAAGCUAUCGAAUUUUUUGAAAAACUAAAAAAUGACCCAUUUAUUGGGGAGAUGAAAAGCAUGGAUACCAGUGAUGAUAAAAAAAAAAUAGAGAAAUGGAAUAACAAUGAAGGCUUAGAAGGAGAAUCAAUGAAAGAAAGUAAAUAUAAUAAUCAAUUUAAAGAAAUUAGUGAAAAAAUUAGAAAUGUAGAAAAACAAAAUAACAAAAUACAAUAUAGUGAAUAUGCUAAUGUUAUUUUUGCUUGCAAUCUGGCAAAUUUACAUAUUCAAGGAAUACAAUAUUUCGAAGAGUUAUUAAGUAGUGGUAAGAAUAUUCCUUCUAUUUUUGUUUAUGAAAACAUUUUUGAUUUAUUAAGUAAAAAUGGAAAUUAUGAAAAGUGUUUAGAAUAUUAUGAUAAAAUAAAAAACGACCCUAAUUUAAAAAAAAAUUUGAAUGUUAACAUAUUAAAUAAUAUUUUAAAAGCAUUAAGUAUUUACAACAAAAUUAAUAUAAUUGAGGAUAUAUGGAACAAUGAAUUUGAUGAAUUACUACUAUCACCAAAUAUUGUAUCUUAUCAAAUUAUUUUAAAAGUAUAUAGCGAAAUAGACGAAUAUGAAAAAGCUUUUAAAAUAUUUAAAGAAAUGCAAAUAAAAAAAUUAUUAAAUAAUAAAAGUAUUUUACCAUUUUUGUAUACAAUUAAUUCUUUUAAAAAUUGUGGUAUAUACAAUUAUUCUAUUUAUGUGUUAAGAAUAGCAAAAUUAUUAAAAGUUUCUGGGAAUGACUUACUAAUUCUAUACAAUAAUGCAAUGAUUUCUUGCAUGAAUUCAAAAAAAUAUGAUAUUAUUGUGUCUUUAUAUGCUGAAUUAAUCACUUUUCAACAAAAAGAAUCAUCAUUUCACUUAAAUAUUAAUACACUAAGCUUUGUUCUUUUAGCUUUUAAAGAAUUAAAAAUGGACGAAGAUUUUACAAAUUUAAAAAAUUUAAUUAUUCAAAAAAAUUACAAAUUAACCCCUCUUUGUUUAAAGUUAUUUAAUGAAGAUGAAAAUAAAUAG